UACGAAUCUUUGAUGUAGCAAUGCACGGUGUCAUUUUACUUACAAAUCGCCAGUAGCGAUAACAAGUUGACUUGAUUUAAGUGAGCUUGUAAAGAAAUUCAGCUUUUGAGACCGACCGAUCCCCUAUAUAUGAAGUUAGCCGCAGCCACCCAGCUCAGCUUGCGACUACUUGACCAUUUCCUGCUUGAGUGUCACAUGAUUCGAAGAGCUGCGUUCACUGCUUGCUAAUUGUUAGCAUCGCCUGGAACCACAGCACGGGGACACAGUGAUAGUGAUUGCUCCUCUCUCCCUCCCUUUUAGCUUUCUCUCCUCAAGAUAUUGUUUUGUGUUUUCGUGACAAAAAACACUCACAAAAAAGCCAGGUAUCGUAAUCACUAACGUGUCAAGACAAGCCCACUGAAGGGUCUGACUUGUAUGAAGUUUUGGUCUCACGUGGGCAAGAUGGAAAGAUCAUAAAACUUUUCUAGAGUGGUGCAGAUUAAUUCGUAAUGACAAGCUGCUGUGCAGAAGAUGUCAACACUGUCUGCGACUGAUAUCACAGAUGUUGGUCAUGGUCUCCCAAUCAUUGCGCCUGAAAAGCAUUCCCUACCGUACUUCCCCUCCAUCCUUCACCUGAUGGGCACUAGCCAGGUGAGAGUAAGGUGUUGGAAUGCAUGGGUGACAAGAGCGGCACUAUCGAAGUGAAAAAUGAAAUUGUCCUUUCACUGGAUCUGCCCCCCCCUUCCAAGGUUUCCAGUCCCUCACAGAAUGGGCCCUCGCUGGCUGAGAUGAGCAACCCUCUGCACAUGGAACCCAGUGACAUAAAGUCAGAUCCAGCAGCAGGAGACAUACCUGCAAACACUGAUGGCCAGCCAGUGAAAAGGAAGAAAGGGCCAGCUCCUAAGAUGCUGGGGAACGAAGUGUGCAGUGUCUGUGGGGACAAGGCUUCGGGUUUCCACUACAAUGUGCUAAGCUGUGAGGGCUGCAAGGGCUUCUUCCGCCGCAGUGUCAUCAAGAGCGCCCAGUACUCGUGCAAAAACAACGGCCGCUGUGAGAUGGACAUGUACAUGCGCCGCAAGUGCCAGCAGUGCCGCCUGCACAAGUGCCGUGAAGCAGGCAUGCGAGAGCAGUGCGUACUGUCUGAGGAGCAGAUCCGGCUAAAGAAAAUGAAGAAGCAGCACGAGGACGAGACCGCGCGGCCGUCGGCGGUGGUGACGCCCACCCUGCCGCUGGAGGUGCCCACGCUAGCUCCCGAACAGCUGGAGAUGAUUGAGAAGCUGGUGGCCAUGCAGAAGCAAUGCAACAAGAGGUCCUUCAUUGACCGACCCAAAGUCACACCCUGGCCGCAGAGUCAGGACCCACAGAACAGAGAGGUGCGGCAGCAGCGCUUUGCCCACUUCACAGAGCUAGCCAUCAUGUCGGUCCAGGAGAUAGUUGAUUUCGCUAAGCAGCUUCCAGGUUUCCUUGAGCUAACUCGAGAGGACCAGAUUGCCCUGCUCAAAACCUCAACCAUUGAGAUCAUGCUGCUUGAGACAUCUCGGCGAUACAACCCUGCAAUUGAGAGCAUCACGUUUCUAAAGGAUUUCAGUUAUAACAAGGAGGAUUUUGCCAAAGCAGGGCUUCAGUUUGAGUUCAUUAACCCAAUCUUUGAGUUCUCCAAGGGAAUGAACGACCUGCACCUGGAUGAGGCGGAGUAUGCUCUGCUUAUCGCCAUCAACAUCUUCUCUGCAGAUCGGCCCAAUGUUCAGGAUCAUGACCUAGUGGAACGUCUUCAGCAACCGUAUGUGGAUGCACUGCGCUCUUACAUCAUGAUAAAAAGACCAAACGACCACUUGAUGUUUCCUCGCAUGCUCAUGAAGCUGGUGAGUCUCCGCACUCUCAGCAGUGUCCACUCAGAGCAAGUCUUCGCACUGCGCCUUCAAGACAAGAAACUCCCCCCACUGCUUUCUGAAAUCUGGGAUGUCCAUGAGUGAAACUCCAAUACCGUGGGACAAAUUGAAACAUUUUGGACAUCUUAAGUUGACCUGAAAAUGACAGUGCAUCUCCCAGGCUCCUCAGCUCUCCUUUUUACUCAUUGAGCAAACCCCAGGAACAUUUUGCGAGAUUGGUGGAUUUAGUCCUUUUUAUGUUUUCUAUUUCUGCUUCUUUUGAGGUAUGGCAAGAUGGCAAUGCCCCACUCUCAUACCAACAGGGUGACUGUAAAUUGCUUGAUGGGGAGUGAUUUGAUGGUAGUUCACUUGGUCAUCCUGCCCUGACUCAUUCUUUGUUGAGAGGGGCCUAUAUGUGAGACUGCUGACGAUGGGCCUUCUAUGUGCUAUGACUGGCCCGUGUUAUCUGUGAAUGUCAACCAUUAACAUUUUGUGCAGAUAUGUUCUAUAGCUUGCUUACAAUCCAAUGUAUGAAUGAGGGCCACAAACUACAAACAAGUAAUAUUAUUGCCCGUGUUCCAAAGGAUAGAAAACAGUGGUAUGAAAACUGUUGGAAAGAGAUGUCUUAUUCUUGUGAUGAUUAGUUAAUGGGUAGGUCUUCUGGAUUGUGUUGUGCUUUGUUAUAGACCAGUUAGUGGUUUGCUUUUCAGAGCAGGACAAUAAUUCAGAUUGAUUACAGGUAUAAUUAUGUUUUGAUAUAUAUUGCUCCACGCUCUACUACUUAAGUUCCCUCAAAAAAUUUCAAUGGUCAUAAAUGUCCCAAAACAUUUAUGUUCAUGUACAAACAAUCUUGAAGGACAUAUUUUAGUAAGCCAAUAUUGAAACCUACAAUUAAUUGUACAAUCAACACACUUUUAACGCGCAACAAAGCAAUACUUCUCUGUCAUCACUGAAUAUAUGACUAACAAGAUGAGUCCUCACACACUUGACUGGUUUUGUUUUGUACUUUCAAGCUUUUUAGCUGUGACCAACAGCUCUGGUUGGUCGAUGGGUCAGUCGGUUCUCAAACAUUUCUCCACCCUUUGGUGGCCACAGUUUUUAGGAGGCGAAAACUUUGGAGUGGACGUCAAGUCUGUGUGAAGGUGUGUUAGCGUUCAUGCCAAUUUGCUAAAUGGGGGUAUGGCAGUGGGAGUGGGCUUUCACAAAAAGGCACAAAACUUCCAAAUGGCUUCACAGUUACACAAGUUAUACAAGUUUUUAGGAAAAGGUUGGCUAUGGUCACGCCAAAAGACAUCUGAUUCACUGUUCAUGCCAACUGGUAAACAGGAUGUGCCAGUGGGAGAGGCCUACGACAAAAAGGCACAUAACUUCUGAAUGUAUUCACAUAGCAUGGCCAAUCUUGGUAGAAAGUCACACAUCGACAGACACUAUUUUGCCACAUCCCUUUGUAACUUAUAAACUGUUUGUCGUAGAGCCUUGCAAAAAUUGUCAGUCCUACAUUUUAGCCACACACUGUGGGAGGUAUCCCUGGACUCAGUGGAGUUCCAUUUUCAUUGGCGUGUUAUUCCCCCCUCCCCAAACAUUUUAGCAACUCCCCUUUUCAUAACUCAGAAACCGUUUGUUAUACAGCCUUCUGGGAGGCUUCAUUAGACCCAUUAGAGAGUAGUUAUUAGCUGUGACUAGCAGCUCAAUAGCUCACUCAGCCGGUUGGUCUACAAAAAUUGCAUCCGUGUAUGUGGUUGCAGCAAUUGUGCAAAAUUGUUUUUUUACAAAGAUUUAACAGAACACAACUCAAGAAGGAAUGUUGAGUUGUUUGUUCAGUGGUGUAUCACAUUAAUAUUUUAGGCAACACUUUACAUUAAGGUUACAAUAACUACAUAGAAAAAACCUAUAGUAAGAACACUUUAUUAUGAUUUAGAGGUACAUGUUACACAAGAGGAACAUGGUAUGGGGGAUGAUGGGGUUUCCAGGCGUAAGUGGAUGUUAACAUUGAUCUUGUUUUGGUGACACAACCUUUGUCAACUACCCCUUUACAACAACCACUUAAACCCCUCCCCCAUACUGUGCCACCUUACACUUUGUAAUAACUUGUACGGCUAACACUUCAUACUAUUUUACCAUAUAGCAUUUUCAAUGUACCUACUAUGUUUUUGCUUUUGCUAUGCAUUUAUGUGGUAGUUAAUGUAACCUCAAUUUAAAGUUUUGAUAUUGCUGCUUUUUUAACUCAAUGUCUAAAAAGCAUUCCCAGGGAGAUGUACAUUCCUACAUGUUUUACUUUAGCAGUUAGGCCUAAUGGUUUAGUAAUCUGAAUCUGUUUUCCCCAAGAUCAUUCUAGUCACUUUGGCUUCAAACAUAUUGCUUCUCAUUGAUGCUUAGUCUACUAAAUCCAGAUAAUUCUGUUUUGCAUGGUAUUUUCAUUUUUUAUGUUUAACUACCUGUCAAAGGUGUUGGUAUAUGUAUAAUCAGUUGAAAUAAUUUUGACACCUACCAAUAACCACUACAACAACAAAUCCAUUGAACUAGUCAAGGGUUGCUAUAGUCUCUAUAUCAACCAAAAAAUUGCAAACUCCAGCUGAAUGACAAAUAGGUGUUCACUGGGAUAGUACUACUCAAACUUGCAGUACUCAGUUAUCAACUUUGUGGCUUACAUUUCAUAAAUAUUUCUUUCAAAUCAACUCUUAAUAGUUGUUAUGUUAUUGUAAUUUAUCAAACACAAUAUUAACUAUCCUUAUUAGGAAUGAUGUAUAGUUGUUUUUGAUUGUGGCUCCAUUCUUCACUAUACUUGACUGUAAUCAUUGGAAAUAGUGUGUCAGAGAUUUUUGUUAACCAAACAAGAUUACUAUGGAAUAAACUGCACAGAUAUUAAGUAUAAGUAAUAAGGGGACUCCUAAUACAGCCCUUUGACAUUCUUGUGUGUAAAAAGGGCUUUACAAAUUGAUUUGAUAUAGAACAAUUAGGUGGUGGAAAGGGGCUCAGUGAAUCAAGAACGAUCCAUGCAAAUGUGACAAAGUAUUUACAUAAUAUAUUUCACAGUAUCCUAUUUCCUUACUGUAUUUUAGUUACAGUACAAUGUUUCAAAUGUCUGCAGACCUGACUCCAUGAAUGAUGAUAAAUAAUUUUAUUGUUGGAACCUCAAAGCUCCUUUCUUUCCCUCAGACUAAAAUACGUGUGUACAUGGUAUAUGCACACAUACCGUGAUUUGUACAGUGUUUUAUUCUUUGGAGAGCACAGUGUCCACUUGUCUUGCCUACGGUUCUACUGCCAGCGUAAAUGUACGGUGAAAGAAGGCCAUUGGCCAUGUUAAUAAUUCUUUGAAAUGCAACUUUCCUUUGAUUGAGAAAUCACAGAUCUUACAUUAGCAUUUUGGUAAGUUUUAAAAGACCAUGGUUUCACCAUCAAAUUGGAUCUGCCAUUGCAUUUCUGGAGAAUUCCAAUUGUAUCAGGGAUGUGACUUCAAGAAGGCGCUGAGGCAGGUCAAACAUAUCAGCCUUAAAACCACCAGGCCCCCAGAAAAAGACCAGAAUGGAUGUGGUUUAUUGGUGAAAGAAUAUCUUUAGAACAUUUUAGAUCGUUGGCUACGCUGAUAUGACGUUAUUUCAGAAUUUUACUGGAAAUGAAAAGCAUUUACCACAAGGUAUGUGAUGAAAUUGUGUGGUUCUUCAGUCACAAUUGAUUGUUUGGAACAUGUUACUGUAGUAGAUGGCUAACAAAGUUGAAUGUAAAUAAGUAUAGACUGAAGUGCAAAACGUAAUCAUUCUAGAGUAAAAAUGUAAACAAUGUUGAUAUAGAAAUCCAGACCUAUUUUAAUAUUGUAAUUCCUUAAGACUGUAAAUUCUGCUUUAUGUAUAAAUUAAAAUCUUGACAAAAUA